AUGAAUGACAGUAGCGGGUCUCCAUUACUUUCGGGCGAUAACAGUUUUGGACGUUUCCAAUUUGUUCGGGAAGCUCCCGAAAUAGCCUUCACAAGCGUCAUAAUUCUAACAAUGGCGGCCCUAGUUGGGACCUUCGGAAACCUUCUGAUCAUGGUGUCCGUCUGUCAUACUAUUAAGAGAAAGUCCUUGGAAUUUAUUUUUAUGGGAAACUUAGCAGUGUCGGAUACAUUCGUCACUCUUAUUGUUGACCCUAUCAACAUAUUAGGAAAGUUGGAGGGUGAGAGAAUAUUUCACUAUAUACCAGGUUUCUGUCGUGCAAUAGCUUGUAUGUGUACAAUAUCCUGCGUCAAUUCCCUGGGCUCCAUCGUAUUGAUGAGUUCAAGCCGUUAUAUAUCCAUCUGCCACCACAACCUGUACAAAAGAAUCUUCAAAAGAAGCACCUGCCUUGUGAUGUGUGUAAGCCUUUAUUUGAUUGGUCUACUGUUAAUUCUUUUGAAUUUGGCGGGAAUUGGAGAUCACUCGUUUAACCGGAAGAGUUUGGAGUGCAUCUGGGAUCGCAUGACAACGUACUAUUACACGGUUUCUUUCACUGUCAUCUUUGUCUGGGUUCCUUUAAUUGUCACUGGAAUAUUUUAUUGCCUGAUUUUUAUUAAAUUUCGAGCUAGCACAAAGAGAAUCUCGCAUUCGACGAGCACAGGACAUAACAAAAAGCCCAUGUAUCUCGCAAAGUCCUUAUUCUUGAUCUAUGCGGCCUUCGCCAUUUGUUGGAUUCCCUACGCUAUACUCAUGGUUGCCGACCGUAAUGACUCAUUUCCGUAUGAGAUUCACGUGCUCAUUACGACAUUGGCGCACCUGCACCCUUCUUUUAACUGGCUGGUUUUGUACUACACAAACACACUAUUUCGCAACGCUUUCAACAAAUUGGUUAAAUUUGACAAGUGUUUCAAAAAGUUUUCGAAGAAAACCCGUCAAGUAGGGAACGAAACCGUUGUAUCUACUGUAAUGAUUUCUCACAAUACUAAAUAGGUUGAAUUUUGUCACUAAUUUUUUUUUUUAAC